UGAAUGCCUCUGUUUUUCUCUGUUUCAACAAAGGGAAUGGCAUUUAUUCAUCUGCACCAAUUCUGAAAAAAAGUUACUCCAAUUCACACACCACAUUACAAAGAAAGAGGAAGAACCAAAAUCAUUUUCUUCUUUCCAUAUAUAGAUUUAGGGACCAGAGAGAGAGAGAGAGAGGGGGGUGUGCACUCUGCAGCAUAAAAGUAGUUUUAAGAAUGGGUGAGUUUGAUUCGCAGCCGAAGUUCAUGAUCCCAGAGAGAAUCCAGGGGGUGAGUUAUGACAUAGCUGGGCAGAUAAAGAUGAUAUGGGAAGUGAUGAAAGCGCCAUUGAUAGUGCCAAUGCUGAAGCUUGGAGUGUACAUUUGCCUUGCAAUGUCGCUGAUGCUGUUCAUGGAGAGACUAUACAUGGGAAUCGUCAUCAUCUUGGUCAAGCUCUUCUGGAAGAAACCAGAGCAGCGUUACAAGUAUGAACCCAUCCAAGAUGAUCUUGAACUUGGAAGCUCCAAUUUCCCUGUAGUUCUCAUUCAGAUUCCAAUGUUCAAUGAGAAAGAGGUAUACAAGGUGUCAAUUGGUGCAGCUUGUAAUCUUUCAUGGCCUGCUGAUCGUCUUGUCAUCCAAAUUCUUGAUGAUUCUACUGACCCUGCAAUCAAGCAAAUGGUGGAGAUGGAAUGCCAGAGAUGGGGAAGUAAAGGCAUAAACAUAACAUACCAAAUAAGAGAAAACAGAACAGGAUACAAAGCAGGUGCACUUAAAGAAGGUUUAAAGCGUAGCUAUGUCAAACACUGUGAAUACGUUGCAAUAUUCGAUGCUGAUUUCAGGCCUGAACCUGAUUUCUUGAGAAGAGCCAUUCCCUUCUUGAUUGGCAAUCCUGACAUAGCUCUUGUUCAAGCUCGUUGGAGAUUUGUGAAUGCGGACGAGUGUUUGUUGACAAGAAUGCAAGAGAUGUCGUUGGAUUACCAUUUCACGGUGGAGCAAGAAGUUGGGUCAGCAACACAUGCUUUCUUUGGUUUCAAUGGGACAGCGGGUGUAUGGAGAAUAGCAGCAAUUAAUGAGGCUGGUGGCUGGAAAGAUAGGACCACUGUGGAAGAUAUGGACCUUGCUGUUCGUGCUAGUCUUAGGGGCUGGAAAUUCUUGUACCUUGGUGACCUUCAGGCCAAAAGUGAGCUUCCAAGUACUUUGAGAGCCUUUAGAUUCCAGCAGCACCGUUGGUCUUGUGGUCCUGCUAAUCUCUUCCGCAAAAUGGUCAUGGAGAUAGUAAGAAACAAGAGAGUGAAGUUUUGGAAGAAAGUAUACGUGAUAUACAGCUUCUUCUUUGUACGUAAGAUCAUAGCUCACAUGGUGACAUUCUUCUUCUACUGUGUGGUGCUUCCCCUGACAAUUCUGGUCCCUGAGGUUCAUGUUCCGAUUUGGGGUGCUGUUUAUAUUCCUUCCAUCAUCACCAUCCUCAAUUCAGUAGGAACACCGAGGUCCAUUCACUUGUUGUUCUAUUGGAUCCUUUUUGAGAAUGUCAUGUCUUUGCACCGAACCAAGGCUACAUUUAUUGGUUUGCUUGAAGCUGGCAGAGCCAAUGAAUGGGUUGUUACUGAAAAACUUGGAGAUUCUGUCAACAACAACAAGAACAAAACAGCAGGAGAUGCUGCUAAGAAGACUAAUGCCAAAUCCCCCAAAAGAACUAGAUCCAAAUUUGUCGAAAGACUUAAUACAUUGGAGCUGGGAUUUGCAGCAUUCCUCUUCAUAUGUGGAUGCUAUGAUUUUGUGCAUGGCAAAAACAAUUACUUCAUAUACCUCUUCCUUCAGACCAUAACAUUCUCCAUUGUAGGAUUUGGCUAUGUUGGCACCAUUGUGUAAAAAAUGUACACUGUUGUGUCCACAUCUCUGUUAGUCACUUAGUUUUGCUCCUUAAAAAGAAUUGCAUAAAGCGAGGGUUGAUUUAAAAAAAAGAGGCGUACCAGCGCUGGAGCUAGUUCUAGAGGAAAGUCAUUUUUCACUUUGUAAAAGACAAAUUCUUCCCAUGAUUUCACUGUCAAAGAAGAUCCAGAGAAAUCACAGGGAAAAAGUGAUGUGAUUAAUAGAAUUUGCAUUAGAGUGUCUUGAGGAAAGACAAGAAGUUUAGUCAAAAAGCUCUUAAAUUAAUAGUCUUAGUAUUAGACAAGAAAUAGAUAGUGUGAUUUUCAUUCAUAGGUUGUUUUGUGAAAUUUUACAGUUAUUAUAUAGUUGAAGAGGGAUCCUCUUUUUAAAAAUUUUCCUUAGUUUGAUUGAGGUUAGUAAUCUAAUAGGGAAAAAAAAGGAGGGGUUGCACGUGUUAUUCUCUAUUUGUCAUUGCUGAUUCCCUAAGAAAUGAAAUUUUAUUGUUAUAUA